CACAGGAAGUAUGUUGAAAAGUUGUUGCGAAACAAAGGCAUGAAGAAGACCUUUGAUAAAGUUAAUGAGGUGAUACGAGACGUCAUGUAUCGCUGUACUUGCAUUUUGGAAGAGUCCCAUCAUGGGAAAACAACAGAGGGAUUAAAUAAAAAGAACUCUGGCGAUUUGUUCUCUUGUGCUUUGGCAGAAAGUUUGCAAGAACUGUAUAGAUAUGGUCCAUGGGGUCCUAAGUUUCUGGCAAUGGACUUGCCACCAUUUUACUCAAUGUAUAUCUUUUUAGCAUCAGUGUCCCUUCAGAUGAUGAGAGAAUGUCUUAAACUUCGUCUUGAGCAAAUGCCUGAGAAGCCUUCGAGGCUUAGUAUUAAGGAGUUAAUGCGAGAGUACAAAGAGGGAGUGAAGUUUGCAGUAGUUGUAAGACAAAAAUAUUUACGGGCUUGCAAAGCAUUAUUUUUCAAUCUUAGUAAGCCUUUAAAAGAAAACUUAGAACUAAGACAAAAUCAGCAAAUAGAGGAGCUUGAUGCAAACAUCAAAAGAAUGUUAGAGGUAUACUUGGAAUGGCUGGACCAGUUUGUAUGUAUGCUUCACAGAGAGCCUCAUGCAUCAGUACUACAGCGCAAUUUCCUCCAAGAAGAGUGGCGGUUUGUUCAGGCUACUUGCCCACAUGUCACUGAAGGGGAUAGUUUGGCAGCAACACGGUUUUGUAACAUAGCAUGCCAUAUGCUGUGUAGUGUCGGUGAUUUCAUUGAUACUGGAAUUGAUGAUCAGAUGGCAGCCAUGCAAGACUCAACUAUUGAAAACUUUGAUGAUUCUUCUGAUGAAGAAGAGAUGGAGCAGGAUGACAUUCAGAAAAAGCGUCUUCUCCAAAGAUGCAGAGCAUUACAAGUCCUGCUUGGUGAAACACGGGAAAGGUCAUUGAGAGCUGCAAGUCUGGCAAAGAUGUUAAGAAAGGACCUUGAGGUAGCAGCUGAAUUUGAUGUGAGAGAGAGUCAGUCUGUCGUUUUAGAUAGGUUACAGGCUACAGGGCACAUCCGAGUCAUUGCACCGCACAGUCAUAAUCAUUUCAUUUUUGUACCUGGUCGUAUUAAGAAUAAGAGAGAAUAUAUUUGGCACCUACUUGAUAUGAGAGUAGGUGGCAUUGGACUGGAACAUGAUGCAGAUGACGAAGGUGGUUAUUUGGUUCUUAUGAGAUGUGAUGAUUCUAACUCCCUCUCAGGCCUGUGGUCUGGGGAUAUAAUCAAGAUUGAACCAACUGCUGAUUGCACAAUCACUCUGUCACGGGUGCAGGUGUCAAGCCUCAUGAUUGUGGUUCCUUCUGGUACAAUGCUGUCUCCGGUACGAAGGGAAUUUCUGCGGUCAAUGGGAACCACUGUUCUUUUAGUAAGGGAUCAAACAGCACCAAAUAAGGCAGUCACACAUUCCAUUGAUGAGCUAAAGAAAGAGGCUUUAGAGCUGUGUAGAAGUUUGUUGAAGAACUUGGAUCAAGUGGAAAACAUGACUGAUCUGGAGCAGGUUACUCCAGAUGUGGAUGACAGUGAACGUCGUCAGCUUCGCCUAGUAACAAGAGAUGUUGUACAUCAGUAUUACAUGUUUGGUUUUGAGUAUCACAAAGAGGUGACUCGCUUAGUCACUGGCCAUUAUCGCACUAGCGUUGCACCUCUUUUGGUUUCUUUGGCAAGAAAGUGGAUGAAAUUCAUCCAGACCCAUUAUGCUAGCGGAAAAGGAGAGCGUCCACGAUGGGCAAAUGCUGGCCUUGAGUUUAUUGUGUUCACUUGUGACCCAAAUAAUACAGUGCACUUAACUGAUGAUGACUUUAAGAAAUUUGUUGAAGAAAUAGAAGACUGUCGUUUGUAUAUAAUUGGAUCUGCUCCUGAAACACCACAACCCACAACUCCUUUGACACCUGUGCUACCACGGCACUUUAGGUCUUCAUCUGCUUCAUCACUCAGUCAGUUGCCUCCAGAUAAAUCUUUAUAUCAGUCACCUGCCACUGGGGACAACUCUCCUGCAAUUAAUCCAACAGACAGUCCAUUACUAAUAAGGAGAAAUGUAUUACGAAGAAGUUGUCAUAGUAUGGAGAAGGCAAAUGACCAUAACGAUGGCAGCUCACCAGGCACCACAGCAGAAAAAACAAUUGAACGGAUACAACGGAAGAUUACACUUCUGGAUCAGAGAAUUGAGAUUUCCCUUCGUGAAGACAAGGUGAUUGGGAGAGUGUCAGCAACUCAGAGAGACAAGAUAACUUUCAAGCCACGUAAUGUUAGCUUUUCUUGGCAGCGCGGAUUUAAGAUUGGUGCAGGACGUUUUGGGAAAGUUUACACAGCAGUUAAUAAUAAUACGGGAGAAUUGAUGGCAAUGAAGGUGUUACCUCUACAGCCUAAUGACCAUAGAUCCAUCCGAAGAGUUGCAGAUGAACUGAGAAUCUUUGAGGGAAUUAGACAUCCCCAUCUGGUUCAGUGCUAUGGAGUUGAAAUCCAUAAUGAUGAAAUGUUAAUGUUCAUGGAAUACUGUGAUGAAGGCACAUUAGAGAGUUUAGCCAUCAGCACAGAAACAGGCAUUCCAGAAGAACUUGUACGAAAAUAUACAAGGCAGCUAUUGGAGGCAGUGAAUGCCUUACAUGAGAGAAAUAUCGUUCAUAGGGAUAUUAAAGGUGCCAAUAUAUUCUUAACUGCAGAAGGCAAAUUUGAAGCUGGGAGACUUGGUUGUGCUGUAAGACUCAGGGGUCAUCAGACUGAAGUGGGAGAAUUGGCUGGUAUUGUUGGCACACAUGCAUACAUGGCACCAGAGAUUUUUCAGUCUAGCGAAGGACAUGGUCGAGCAGCUGAUGUAUGGUCGCUUGGAUGUGUUGUCAUUGAAAUGGCAACUGGCAAGCGGCCGUGGCCUGAGUAUGAUAGCAGUGUGCAGAUUAUGUUCAGGGUUGGAAUGGGGCAGUCCCCCACUGUACCAAAGUCACUUUCAGAUGAAGGUCAUGCUUUUUUGCAGCUGUGCUUCAUACAUGAUCCAAAAUUACGAGCAACAUCACAUUUGCUAGACCAUACGUUUGUAAAGGUGGAUACAGGGGAAGACUGUACAUCACUACCUUUUUCAAAUUCACCUUUUGUGCCUUACAUGAAGUUAUCGACUGCCUAAACUUACUAUUUAUGUUCUACAAAGAGUAUCUCCAUUGGUAGUUUGUAUUGGUGCACAGUAUAAUCUUGCAUCCUAGUUGGCUUUUAUGGCUAAUUAUUUUAUGUUUUUAUGCCUAAGUUUUUAUGCCUUUUUCAUUUAUCAAAUGAAAGAUAAGUUAAAACUAUUAUGUCAUUGCUUGAAGAGUUUGUAUAUAGGAACAUGAAAACGGAUGCAGUUAAAACUCUCCCAGAGCUGAAUCCAACCAUAUAUUUGUUGUAGAAUAACCUAUAAUCUUAUAUUUCAUUGUGUAGAUAAUGAAUUUGUGGACUUUUCAUGGAUAUUUUGUGCAGACCAUUUGAGAAUGUCCAUGAGGUUAUAACAGUAUCUCCUCCUGAAUAGUGCAUAAUGUGAUAAACUUUGCUCAUAAAUUUGAACAAACUAAUCAGGAGGAGUUUAAUGUUAACAUGGAAGUUGGGUACGGGUUCUUUCUUUAUCAUUACUAUUUUAAGCUUCUUGCAUAUUCUGGAUUCUAAUUUACCUCGACCUUUGCUGCUAGCUAUUUGCUGCAGUGGUUUCAUGCUCAUGUAUGCAAACUGCAGGGGAUGAUGAUAAAUAUGGAGUGUAUUGUUUGUUCAGAAUUAUGUGCAUUUUGGAAUAUGAAGUUGUAAGCUCCAUUGUGUCUUUAAAGGUUUUAAGGAUGAAAAUCUAGCAUUAUAAACUUUUUCAUAUAUAAAACGUGAUUUCAAGGUGGACAGUGUAAAUUUAUUAUAUUUAUAUUAGAUUGCUAUAUAUUUCACAGAAAGUAUUGUAUUAUCAUAAUUAUGUAAGCUGGUUCUAAUUAUUAGAAAAAUUUGUCACACGCUUUAGAAGAGUAUUUAAAUUUUUGGAAAAUAAUUUAGUGUAUAUUAAAUACCAGCUCUUAUAUACAGAAGAUGUUGGAAAUUUUAAAUUUAGAAAAUCUGGCAAAACAGAAAAGUUGUUCAUUUUAAAAGCAAAAACAUUUUUUCAUAAUGCAUUCACGUUUGCUUUAAGUAAAGAAAACAAAAAGAUAUCAGAAUGUUAUCUAAAUAAAUUGCAGACUACAGAAUUAUACCCUUACAUCCUUUUUAUUUUUAUUAUAAAUAGUGUCUCAA